CGUCGACCUGCCCGCCAACAUCUCCGUCCCCAGAAAGCCUUAUUCUUGCCAGAAGACCGGUGGAGCCUUCUGAAACUACUCACCAUGAUUUUCGAAGAGCAAAGAUUCAUCCACGAGGAUCUUGAGCGGUUGGAGCAGGCGAUCGCCGACCGCGUUGCUGAAGAGCCCCGUACCAUUCGGGAUCGCCUGGCUCGUGAUCAUGAGGUCGCAAAUUUUUUAAAUCGCAUCGAAGACCAGUCCAAGAGGUUGCUCGAUAUCUACAAAGAUGCCGACGGCGCGCGUGAGAAGGAACUCCAGGCUGUCUCGACCGGUGAUCAGUUCGAGGAAUUCUACAAACAAUUCAAUGAAAUUAAGGAUUUCCACAAGCGCUACCCUAACGAACCAGUCGAAAACCUCGAGCGCGCUUACAAGCGCCGUCAAGCCGGGGAGGGCGAACCAACUGGAAUGGAGAUUGACAACUUGUUCACUGGUGAAGAGGGUUAUGGACAGUUCUUGGACCUUACGACAUUGCACGAAGACUAUCUGAACUUGCCUGGUAUCAAACGACUCACCUACGUACAAUACCUCGACGUGUUCGAUGCGUUCACCCCCCCGCAACUUCCUAUCAAGCGAACCAACAAGCUAUCCGAUCGGUAUUUCAAGUAUGUCGGCGAACUCGCGAACUAUCUCGAAAGCUUCAUCAAGAAGACAAAGCCGCUACAAGACCUAGACAAACUCUUCGCCAGCUUUGAUGAGGAAUUUGAGAAGCAGUGGGCAGCCAAUGAAGUUCCCGGUUGGACCGAGGAGGUUGUUGAGAAUGGCACUCAAGGUCCCAAGACCGAGGGCUCCGGAGAAGGUAUCUGGUGUGCUGACUGCGAGAGGGAGUUCAAGAAUGAGAAUGUUUACAAGAACCACUUGACUGGCAAGAAACACGUCCGGGCAGCCGAGGCCCGCAAGGCUGCUGGGGAUUCCGGUGAUAAACCGGCACCUUCUGCAGGCAACGGCACAUCAUCCGUCGCCCAUCGUCUUAAGGAGCGUGCGGUUGCAGAGAGAGAACACCGGGCGCGUGCCUUAACGCAGGUCCUUGAGCCCGAGCGCCAAGCAACCAAAAUCAACGUGGAGCGGAGACAGGGUAUGACUGAACGUGAACGUCAAAUGGAACUCGAAGCCCUGCUUAACGAGUCCGAGAACCCUGGCGGUGAUCGCGCCGGCGAUCAGUCCGAUGAGGAGGACGAAGACCGUAUUUACAAUCCCCUCAAGCUGCCACUUGCUUGGGAUGGCAAGCCAAUCCCGUACUGGCUUUACAAGUUGCACGGCCUGGGAGUUGAAUACCCCUGUGAUAUUUGCGGUAACUUUGUGUAUAGGGGUCGCCGUGCCUUUGACAAGCAUUUCUCAGAAGCUCUGCAUAUCUUUGGUCUGAAGUGUCUCGGCAUCACCUCCAAUACCAACCUCUUCCGCGAGAUCACUCGCAUCGAGGAUGCGAUCAGGCUUUGGAGUAAGCUGGAGCAGGACCGCAAGAAAGACAGAGACGGUCGCGACAACGUGGUACAGAUGGAGGACGCAGAGGGCAACGUGAUGCCGGAGAGGAUCUAUCUCGAUCUUCAAAAACAGGGUAUCCUGUAACGGCAGCUUCUGUUCCUUCGAUUCUUCCUGUCCUUUGCAUUAUCUUUCUACAUACCUCAGAUUCAAAAGCCUGGAGUUUGGUGGGUGUCUUUUCUCUAUUUUUCAUAAUGUUGCGUGAAUCACUGGGAUAUUCUUGGUUGGGAACGGCUGUAUAGGAACAGAUCCGAGAAGAUGCAGCUUUGCGUUUCAUGUAUUCUACACCUGACUACUGCCAUCAUCCCUCGAGACAAUAGAAGAAAAAAGGGUGACCACGGGUCAUCUGGUCCACGCUAGCAUCUCAAAGUCACAUAACUCAGCUAGAGCACAAGUGUGAUGAUAAG